AUAAAAAUUUGCCAAUUCCAAUAUCCAACACCAGAAUACAUGCCAUCCAUAAAACAAAUCUAAACUAAAUUGAUAAGAGCAAUUUAAGAUUUCUAGAUUAAAAAGUCAAAUAUUUUAGGUUCAUAUUGUGAACCUGUUUCUGGUACUUUUGAAUACAUAAAUCACUUUAAAAAGAGGCAUAUGUGGAGUAGCAGAAGGAUGCUGUGGUGCUCCCUCUCUCCUCCAGAUGAAAUACUGCCAUGGCAACCCAACAAAGAAGGGGUGAUGUGACGGCAGUCUGUGGAUGAGCAGAACAAAGGAAGGAAAGCAUCACUUGUGUCUGGCUGCCUAGUAAAAAUAAUCAUUGGGAUCAGUUGUUGUUCUUUGCUGCCUCUACUUAAAGGAAUGGACUGUAUUGUUAAGAUGCUGCUUCUCAGUUCUAGUUUCAGUGCGUACACCUUCCUGAAAUUUAUGGUGAUGUGGACGCUGGUGCUGCUGGCAGACUUCAUCCUUGAAUUCAGAUUGGAGUAUUUGUGGCCAUGCUGGCUGUUCUUUGGGAGUGUGUACACCACUUUUCACUGCCACGGGCUGGUUAUUUGUGUUGUUUUUGUUUGUGCUGCCUUCACACUGGACAUCUUUUGUUUAAUUUUUGUUCCUUUGCACUGGCUGUUUUUUGUGGCGAGCACCUAUGUAUUAUUCAAUUAUAUUUGGCACACAGAGAAGGGCAUCUGUAUAUCAACGGUGUCCCUGUGGAUUCUGCUCGUCUACACCGAGGCUUCACUUCGACUCAAAGAUCUUAAUACCUCUCAUCCCAACCUGUCUCAUCUUUUCGCUGCACACUGUAUUGGCUAUCCUGUUGUUUAUCUGGGAUUUGAUGCCACCUGCUACUUCACCAACAUUUUCAAGCUGCGCAUACAGAAAACCGUCCAGAGUGAGAAUGACUUUCACAUGCACCUCCUUCAACACUCGCUCCCACCAGGCCUGCAGGUUUACUCCAAGACCAGCACAGAUGGCAGCAGUUCUAAGUGGAAGAUCAAGCCUGAGUCGGGUCAGUAUCAGUGUCAGAACGGUGCCAUGGUGGCCCACGACGAUCCACACAGCUCACACUGCCUGCAGAUCCGCAGUGAGGAGCGAGCGACCGAGAAGGCAUCACAGGAGGUGAGGUCGGCGGAAUCGAACCGACAACCACCACCACCCUCCUCAUCCUCAUCAUUCUCCAAAAUCGUUGUGGCAGAGUCCAAAGAUCAACUCCACAGUGGGGAAGGAGGACCAGAGUCAUCCACAACCCCAGAAAAACUACCUCAGGAGGAUCCGGGAAGCAAAGCCACUCGAGCUGCCAAGAGCUCCUCCCCAAAAGCCCGCAGAGGCAGCACAAACACUCCUUCACCUCCUGCAGGGAGGACUGAGAAGAAACAGAGGACAAACUCAAAAACAAUCAGCCCCAACAGGGACGCAGCGGACAAGAGCGCCACGGCCACGCAGAAUUACCAUGCUGAACAAAUAAGCAAACUUGAAGCAGAGCUCCGAAGGCUAAAGGGCGAGCUGCAGACGAGCAGGCAGAGCGAACAGGAGCUACGAAGUCACAUCUGUAACCUGACCAACAGCGAGAGGAGCCUGAGGCCAGAGGUUUCCCUCCUCAGACAGUCCAACCUGCUGCUGCAGAGCAAGAUUCUGUGCUUGACUAAAACUAAGCAGAGGGACAAACAAACCACGGCGCUGCUGGAGAAAAAGACCAGAGGUGAAGUAGAGGGCAGACUCUCUGCUGAGAAGCAGCUGGCUGAGCUUCAGGCUCAGAAAAUGGAGGAGGCGGCGAGUGCUGCAUGGACCCUCACAAACAGGCAGGAACACUGUGAAACCCAAAUGUUGAGGAAAAGAGUUAAAGAUCUAGAAACAGAGUACAAACAACUGCAGCUGGAGUAUCAAGUGAAAGAGAGCCGUGUGGUAGAUCUAGAGAGAGAUUUCGAGGCGUUGGGGAAGUAUCGCUGCCUGGAGAAAGAGACAGACAUGCUGCUCUCCACGUUAUCAGCUAUGCAGGACAAAGCACAACACCUGGAAUACAACCUGAGCGCAGAGACACGCAUCAAGCUGGACCUUUUCUCUGCUCUGGGAGAUGCCCGCAGACAGCUGGAAAUUGCUCAAGAAAAAGUGAAGAAGCAGGACAGGGAGAUCCGUGAAAUGAAGCAGAAGAUCGCAGAGGUGAUGGCAGUCAGCCCCGGGGUGUCUUACGUGGCUCCGCGGCCCCAGGUACCUCAGUAUCUCACCAAGCUACUCAACUCUGAGCGCUACAUGCUGAAUCCACGAGCACUGAUGUACCAGUGUUUGAAAAAAUAAGAAGGACAAAGUGAAUCCUUGAUGCAUCCUCAGCCUUCCUCGCCAGGACCAGAAGAGUUGGGGUGAUUUUUAUACAGAGCUAAAACAACAUGGUGAAGACGCCUGCUUCCAGUUACCAGUUGAAACAGUUACAAACCUCCACAAGUCCAAUGCCUUCUGCUGCACUGUUGGUGCUAACUUAAUGUUAUUCAUUAUAUUUCAUGUUUUCCUCCCACAUUAGAGCGUUUCUCUUACAAAAGCGAGGUACUUUAUAUGCAGAGCUGCUUACGGCAGUAUCUUAUCCAUCUUUAUGAAAUGAGAGAAGCACAACAUAAUUGCAGUUCGGGCCUUGUAGACGAAUAAACUGUUGUUUGAUGUGGAUAUUCAAUUGAAAUGACAACAAAGGAGUAAAAUACACAGAAGGAAGUACAUGUUUGAGGAAGACAGAUGCCAAAAUUGUCAGCUGUGGUAACAAAAUUAAUAUUGAUUUGCAAAUAUACUGAAAUUGUUAAAUGAUGAAACCAAAUAGGGAAAAAAAACACCCUCCACAAUUACUGACACUCCUUGUAAUGAUGCAUGCAAAAGCCUUAAAAUAACUUGGCAUGUAGCAUUACAUAACACAACCCUUACUUUCCCAAAGCCUUGUGGUAAUUUCAGAAAAGUUAUUAAGUUUCUAGGAAAGGACCUUACAUUUCUGGAGCACCUUCCUGGGAAGUUACAAAAAAGUGGUUUCUUUAAGGGAUUUCACUUAAACUCAAUUGGUACUUAAUGCAACUUCCUAUAAGUUACAUAAAAGUAACCAGAUCCAUCCAUACAUACAUUUUCUAUACCCUUUUUUUCCAUACUGGGUUGCGGGGGAACUGGUGCCUAUCUCCAGCAGCCUUCGGGCGAGAGGGGGAUACACCCUGGACAGGUCUCCAGUCCGAAACAGUGCAACAUAUAGGACAAACAAGUAACCAGAUGGUUUCAGGGAAAUUCGCGAAAGGUAACUAGUAAGUCUUAAUAAAGUAACUUGUAAGUCUCAGAAAAGUAACCAAUAAGUCCCAGGACAUCUACCUUGGAACUUUCAAGAAAUUAGUUACUUUAUGGGAUUUUCCUGGAUCCUAAUGCACACUUUUGUAAACAUCUGUUUGUAUUUUUGUUCUCAGUUGUGUUUGUAUUUGGAUCGUUUUGGUGUUUUUCCCACAAUUCAUCAUUCCUCUGAUUAUGUUCACCUGGUUUCCAUGUCACUAAUCACACCUCCUUGUUCAUUGUUCUCUGCUGGUUUCUUCCGUGUUAUCCAUCCUGGUUCCUUGUUCUGAUCUCCUUGUGCAUAUCCUUCAACUCACCAUGCUGCUCCCAAGCUAUUGUCCGCAUCUUGGUCCUGCUUCAUCAACCCAACCUAUGAGAACUUUGCAGCCCUUUCCUGCCAUCCAGGAAUCUAUCUUUAUCUAAGAUGCAGAAAAGAAACCAGUAAUUUCCAUGGCAGGAACCUGAUAGGUUCUAAGACAGUUCCAGAAAGUAUCUGGUAAGCUCCAGGACAGUUACAUUUAGGUUUCAUAAAAUAAAUAAAUUAGACAUUAUUAAUGUCAAAAGUGUUCACUUCAUUUAACCCAGGGUACUUAUGGCCACAAAUGCCCUGCUCUCUAACCACUAGGCAACCACUUCCCAGAAGAUUACACCAAUGAGGCCCCAGUGAGGAUCAACCUCAUGACACCUGGUUUACAAGACCAGUGCUCUAACCACUGAGCUAUGGAGCCUGUGCUGCAGCCUGUACACAGGAACACUUGCAUUCUGGGAAGGUACAGGCUUUGCUAUUUUGUGUCACCAGUGUGGGACUUCAAGAUGCCAUGAUGCACUUCUUCAAGAGAAAAUGUAGGAGUUUGUUUUUACCGUGGUUAUAGCCUUUCAGUACCAUUCAAAGUUAUGUAGCAUUCAGCAAAAGCACCACCUUUCUACACAUCCGAUUUAGUAGCAUACAUGACGUUAACUCCAUCUAAGACUUGCAGCCACUGUUAAUAAAUGUUUUAAACAAAAAUAUCAGUGACACAAGUGUUACAAGUCAGAGCCAUAACAUAUUCUGCACUUAUGCACUUCUGCCACGUAAAGCACGCAACAAUGACUGGAAAAUAUAACCUUAUCUCUUGCUGGUCCAUGCAGGUGCUCUGCCUGCACCGAUGAAGACUCCUCCACUUCAGCAUACUGAAUUCUUGAAGUGGCUUCAACGGCAGGGCAGCCCAACCCAUUUUCUUAUUAAUUCAGCUAAUACUUAUUUUAACACUUCGGUGCAUUUCUAGACGGGGUACAGAGCAUUAACGUUCCAUCUCUAGAUGUUCAGGUAAACAUUGUGUGGUAAAAAGAACAAAAACAGAAAGGUUACAUCAUAGCAAACUUACUGUCUCCUGACACUAUAGCAGACUGUAAACUAAUUAAACAAUUCAGCUCCAUCGUAGAUGUGCCAGAGCUUGAUGUCCAAAGAAAUCGGGUCCCUUUCUUCACAUUUUGCACAAAACAUUUUUUUGAAAGCUUUUUAAACAUCUUUAUCAGGGGUGCUAAUAAAUGUGGAGGCACUGUAUCUAACGACACGUGUAUGUAUUAUGCUUUAAAGAGUGCAAAACUUACAUAUACAACGCAACUCUAUUUAAAUUAUUUUAUUUGCACUAUGAAAUUGAAAGUGGCAUUCUUUGUAAAGUGAUUUGAUUUUCUCUUCUAAAUAAUUAAGGAUAACUUUUCCAAUUUAGACCAUUUGAUCUAUCACAUUAAAAUAUUACAGAUGUCAUUAAAAAGCUAUCUUCUAACCUAAAGUCCUAUCACAUGUGUUUUAAGACAAAAUAAAGCAGCUAAAUGGAAAUUUAGCCAUAAUUUAACUUCAAGUUUACAGCUGUGCCACUCUGAUGUAAACAUACAUAUUUUAUGUAUUUGACAUGUUUUGCCGUAAACAAGUUUUGUAAAUUUGUUUCAGUUCUGACAAGUAAAAAAAAAAAAAAGAUUCAUUAACUGAAUAGUUUGAGUCCAAAAUUGAUUUAGUUGAUGGACUUUCUGUGGGUUUUGAAUAUGAGAUGUCUUUAUUGGAUAAAAUACAAAUAAUAAGUCCAGACAAUUUUCUAUAAACGUAUCUUUGAGAACAUAAAUGUGAUUAAUGAUUAAGUCUUUUGAAAAACAAGCAUGAAACAAGAUGUUCUUGUCAGCUUGUGUUGACUGUAAAUAGAGAAAUUGUGCUGAAAUUCAGAUCACAGUUUUGUUUUAAUCUUAAAUUGCUCAGUGUUUUGGAACAAGACCCUUCAGAUUUGGAAUAUUUCUACGUAACAGACGUUGGCUUUAUUUUGAAGCUUCCUAGCUGCAGUCUGGCUGACUGUUUUGAGUAAUUGAUUGUUUGACGGUUGUGGUAACCUGAAGAAGUGCGGAGGAGCAGCAAAAGCAAGACUGUAAAUCUGUUCCAGCAGAUGUUUUGAUGCUGGAAGCUGAUGUUUGAACUGAGGCGAACCAAACUGACUUUUGAAGUUAAAAGUGAAAUUGUGUCAACCAAACAUUGCUCACAGAUUUAAUUACUGUGCCUAUAUACAUUACUUUCAAACUGGGAAGUAAAACACAAAUUACAUGUGAAUGAGUAAUGUGUUUGAAGUGCUAUGUAUUGUUUUUGUUUGGAUAUAUUUUGUACUCACUGUACAGAACUGGAAAAUCCCACGCAGCUGAGAAAACUCAUGAUUGAGACGUGGCCAUUUUGGUAGCUUUUUAUUUAGUGUCUUUCUAGGGUGUUUUAUAUGAAAGCUAUUUUUUAGUCUUCACUGUUCUUCUAUUUUAACUGCUGUAAUUUUGUACAGCAAUGUGUUUCGUCAGCAUGAAAUGUGUUUUAUCCAAGUGUUGUUUGAACACACAUUGUGAACUUAUGUACAUGAAUAUUCUUGUACAAGGGCUAACGUUUGUAAACCAUUUUGGAUGAAUAAUUGUUGAAUUCAAACAGUGAUGCUCUGAGGUUAGAGGUCACACUUCUGAUACACCAGGAUGGGAUUUUGUAUAAAUGAUUUCAACUAUUGAA